UAAAUUUCCAUUAAUUGAUAUUCAUUAUUUUAGAAAAAAGUAAAAAUAAAUGAUAUAAUAGAAUAACUAUUUUAACGAUCUAGAAAAAUUUUUAAGCUCUUCAUUUUCAUCCUAAUUGACUAUCCAUAUUAAUCUGACUAAUAUGUUUUAAGAAAUUGAUGCAAUUGGUGUGUCAAGCUUAGGUUCUGGUUUAGGAAAGUGCACUAAUCUCACAAAUUUGACGCUUAAUAUAAAGAACAAAAAAAUUGGUGAUGAAGGUGUAUUAGGUUUAUGUUAAGGAUUAGGAAACUGCAGUAAUCUCUCAAAAUUGGCACUUGUUCUAAAGAACAAUAAAAUUGGCGAUUAAGGAGUAAAAGGCUUAGGUCUGUUUUUAGAAAAGUGCACUAAUCUCUCAAAUUUGCAACUUUUUCUAUCCAAUAAUUAAAUUAGUUCAAUUGGUGUAGUAGACUUAGGUUUUGGUUUAGGAAAGUGCAUUAAUCUCUCUAAUUUGAGACUUACCCUAAGUGACAAUCAAAUUUGUUCAUUUGGUGUAUCAAGUUUAGGUUCUUAUUUAGGAAAGUGCAGUAAUCUCUCAAAUUUGGAACUUGAUCUUAGUGAAAAUUAAAUUGGUGCAACUGGUGCAUCAGAUUUAGGUUCUGGUUUAGGAUUGUGCAUUAAUCUCUAAAACUUGGCACUUGAUCUAAAUGAGAAUAAAAUUAGUGAUAAAGGUGCAUCAGUUUUAGGUUCUGGUUUAGGAUAGUGCAUUAAUCUCUAAAACUUGACACUUGAUCUAUACUUAAAUAAUAUUGGUGCAAUUGGUGCAUCAGGCUUAGGUUUUGGUUUAGGAAAAUGCACUAAUCUCUCAAAUUUGACACUUAAUCUUGGUUAUAAUUAAAUUGGCGCAAUUGGUGCAUAAGAUUUAGUCUCUGGUUUAGGAAAGUGCACUGGUCUCUCAAAUUUGACACUUUAGCUUUAGAACAAUAAAAUUGGUGCAAUAAGUGCAGGCUUUGGUACUGCUUUAGGAGAGUGCACUAAUCUUACAAAUCUGACACUUGAUCUAAGGGAAAAUUAAAUUGACGAUUAUAACAAUAAAAUACACUCACCUAAAUACAAUACCUUAAAGGAUAAAUUCAUAGAUAUUUUCAAAAAAACUUGUAACAAUAAAAAUAAAUAAGGUGUAUCAGUCUUAGGUUCUGGUUUAGGUAAGUGCGCUCAUCUCUCAAAUUUGAAACUUGAUCUAAGUAGUAAUUAAAUUGGUGAUAAAGGUAUAUUAGGCUUAGCUUCUGGUUUAGGAAAGUGCACUAAUCUCUAAAAUUUAAUACUUGAUCUUUAUAAAAAUUAAAUUGGUGAUAUAGGCGCAUCAGGUUUAGUUUCUAGUUUUGGAAAGUGCACUAAACUCUUAAAAUUGAAACUUAAUCUUGUGAAAAACUAACUCAAUACAUCGUAAUAUUUGGAAGUAAAGUGUCUCAAAUCAAAAAGAUUAGUUGCCUUAAAAUUAUUUUAUUGAUGAUUAAAAUGUGGUGAAAUAGGAAGAAUAAAUAAUUAUAAAGAAAUAUAUUUGAAUACUGUAAUAAAAUAUAUUUUAUUAUAUUUUGUAAUCGGAUAAAUUAUCCUAAAAUAUU